AUGAAGUGGAAACAUUCUGGCUCGCCAUCGACGAAGAAAAUCAAGACUCAGUCUUCCGCGGGAAAGGUGGCCAACAAACUGAAGCCAGCAAUUCGUACCAAACACCGAAGCCUAUUGUUGAAGAAAGUUUUGUUGUUGCAUGAAAAUGCACGCCCACGCACUGCUGCGCAGACCGUUGAAACUGCUAACCAUCUAGGCUUUGAGGCGCUGGAACACCCUGUCUCAAGCCCAGAUCUCGGCCCUUCCAACUAUCAUAGAUUUGGAUCGCUCAAUGAUGGUUUUCGAGGUCAUCGAUUUCCUACAGAUAAUGAUGCCAAGGAAGCGGUGCAUAAAUGGUUGCACGACCAACCGAAAACCUUCUUCUUGGAGGGAAAACGUGAGCUUGUGGACCGCUGGACCAAGUGCAUCGAAAAGGAAGGAGACCAUAUAGAAAGAUGA